AUGUUCCCCACACGCGCCCUGCUAGGCCGGUCGGUCUGGAAAGGCCCAAACAUCGUCCCUAUCGCUCUCCCGCGCACUCUCCCCCCUCCCCCGAACACACCCCCAAUCCGCACCACGAAACGCGCAGCAACCAUCCUCCCGAACUUCGUCGGUCUGCGGUUCGCCGUUCACAAUGGCAAGACAUACGUUGAGAUCCAGGUGACGGAGGAGAUGGUCGGUCGCAAGCUUGGGGAAUAUGUUGCUACCCGCAAGCGUUUCACAUACAAGCAGUCUAAGAACAAAUAG